GAAGCGAGCUUGAUAAAGUCAAAGUGCUGGAAACGGCGUGCUCCUCAUUUCUCCUCCCACUUCUUCGCACCGUUUUGACCCAGUUUUGUUGCUGUGCUGUCGGCAAAGUGCUCAUCGACGUAUUCUGUAUUCUUUACUAGCGAAUUAGUGUUGAAAACACAGCGGUUGUUGUGGCUAUCGGCUUUAUUUCAAAUACUAAGGACGACCAUGGAAACAAGUAAGACACCAUGAGUUGCGCUGUUGCGUCUCCGUAGAAGAGAGGAAACAAGCCGUCUUGAAGGUGCAAGAAGGAAGAUGCCAGGUCUGCAGGGGGAAAAUGUGGUGGCGGCGCUCGGGAGCCCCAUCAAGAAGAGUAAACUGUCUCUGAAGUUCUUCCAGAAGAAAGAGACGAAGCGGGCGCUGGAUUUCUCUGAGCCUCAGGCAGAUGAAGCCAAAACAGAUGAAACGGUGGAGCCGGAGGCCAGUGGCUGUGAUCAGGUGGUCCCUGCUUCCUCUCCAUGUCCAGCCUCACCUGGUCUACUCCUGUCCUGUCAGAAGAGUGAGAGCGUUGUGCCAUUUGUGGGGUUCAACAAUCUGGGCAACACCUGUUAUUUGAACAGUAUCUUACAGGUUUUGUACUACUGCCCAGGAUUCAGAGAAGGUGUAAAGAAGCUCUAUAACCUGUCUAAACAGAAAGACAAACCAAAGGAAGCGACUGACAGAAGCAAAGAGUCAGAAGUUGUAGCAGAGUCCUUGCCUGCUCAUAUUGAACUCCUCGGAAGCUUCAACAGCCUGAUAACAUCAGUGGAGCAGCUGCAGUCCAGCUUUCUGCUCAACCCUGACAGCUGCAGUGAAGGAGAGCUCUGUACACCACCUCGUAAAAUACUUAACACUCUCAGGCAGUUAAAUCCCAUGUAUGAAGGAUAUCUUCAGCAUGAUGCCCAGGAGGUGCUGCAGUGUAUUCUGGGAUAUAUACAGGAGGCCUGUGAUACCAUCAGUAAGGAGCAGAAGUUGGACAGGGACGAUAAAAUGACAGAGGUUACGAUAAAGAACGACAAUUCAGAUCCCAGCAUUUCUGUAGCUGACUGUAAAACUUCCACAGACGAGGACGGCCAAGCAAACGGGAAAAGAAAAAGUGACACUGAGGCUGGAAAUGCCAAGAAAAAGCCAAAAUCUGUUAAGUCUAGGAAAUCUGAUUCUGAAGAGGACAGUGUCAGUAUAAAUAAACCCCUAACUCGCUCUAAAAGGAAGUCCUCAGGUGAGCUCACUAUCGAUACCACUGCAAAGAAAGAAGAAGAGGGGAAGAACAAGGGGGAAGGUGGAGGUGGGAGUGACACUGAGGGGAAAGCUGAGAAGGCAUCCAAAGAGGCAGAUGGAAAACAGAAGAAGCGAGCAAAGCUGAGCUGGCUGAGGCCUUCUGGGAAACAGCCCAGCAUUUUCUCCAAGUUCCGUAGUGUGGGGAAGAUCAGCUCCACGACUGUGAAGAACCAAAACCCAGCAGAACUGGAGAACAGUGACGGGGACGAACAAAGCCAGGCUGACAAGGCCAGCAAGGAGCAACCACCACAAAGCACGGCUGAAGAUGAGAACCCAGUGAGAUGUCGAGAUGGCGUAGACCUAAUGGAGCGCUUGUUCCAGGGCCAGCUGGUUCUGAGGACUCGCUGUCUGGAGUGUGAGAGUUUCACAGAGAGGAGAGAAGACUUCCAGGACAUUAGUGUCCCUGUGCUCGAUGACCAACCCAGCAGCCCAGACGACCUCUCGGAUGUCUCUCCAGAUCCUAAACCGGAGUUGAAGACUCUGAAAUGGGCCAUUGCCCAGUUCGCUUCAGUGGAGCGAAUUGUCGGCGAGGACAAAUAUUUCUGCGAGAACUGUCAUCACUACACGGAGGCUGAGCGAAGUCUGCUGUUUGACAAAACCCCCGAAGUGAUCACCAUUCACCUGAAGCGAUUCUCUGCCAAUAGUUUAGAGUUGGACCCAUAUGCAGGUCUGUCUAAGGUAAACACUCCCUUACAGACACCGCUGACCUUGUCUCUGGAGGAGUGGUGCACCCGCCCCUCAUCCGCUACAGGUCGGGACUAUCAGCUGUUUGCUGUGGUCAUGCACAGCGGCGUGACCAUCAGCAGUGGCCACUACACAGCUUACGUCCGCAUGACUGAUCUGAAAGACGCACAACUCUGGCUGCAGGACAGAAAAGAAGUGGAUUUAGAAAAGGAGGAAGAGGAGACUGCAAAGAAAGAGGUGAAAGAUGAAGUGGCAGACUAUGAUGAUGGAGAGGUGUCUUUCAGCUUAAAUGCAAGAGGACAGGGAGGUGGCAGGCUGGCUAGCAGCAAACCAGGGGCCAAGAAGCUGUCAGAGGGCGGCGGCGUUGGGCUCUUAGGGGGCCAGAGAAGUUUGUCCAGUUACGAGCUUGGGAACAGCGGCAGCAAAUCCGCAGAUAAAGCAACAGAGGGAUCCACACGUAGAAAAACUAUUAACAGUAUGGAGCAAAGUAGUGAAGCAGGACUGAAAAAGGAGUCUGAGGAAUCGCUGACAUCCUGUCGGGGGGUGGAGGCCACAGAGCAGCAGGCUUUAAACAAGCUACGGGAGUACGAGGGCAAAUGGCUGCUGUUCGAUGACUCUGAGGUGCGUUUGUUUCACGAGGAGGACUUCCUGCACGCGUGCUCUCCUGAAACGUGCUCCUCGUCUACACCCUACCUGCUGUUUUACAGGAAGAUGCCUGAAGCUUGACGCUGACGUGAACUCCACAACUACUGUUAACUCAGGGCGAAGUGCCAGUUUUGGCAGCUGAGCACCCAGACAUUUGUAUUUUGCAAUAGUACAGACAGUGCCAAAAAAUGCUGCCCCUCCACCUGAACUGAAGUAACCUCUCACCCAAGAGGUCUGUGGAAGUCUGGUGCCACGUCCGACCACAGACUGUUUCACCUCAUUCACCUUCUUUGUUUUACAAGAAUAUCUUUUCUAUCUUACAAAAUGAGUAAGCCCUUCUUUGGAUGACACUGUUUCACCUCCCUUCCUCGAGUCUUUUUUUUCCCGGUACUGUGACUGUAGUUUUUUUUUUUUCCCCUAAAUCCUUGUCUAUCACGUCCCAUUUUUGUUUUAAUCUUUUUCUUUACAAAGCUAAAGUUUUCUUUUGCAAAUUGGAAAAGCACUUUUGAAUCUAAACCUAAUCCAAUUUGCUUGUGCCAAUUUGUUUUCUCAUUUCAUAAAAAGAUCAUUUGCUGUAAAUUUCUUGCUUUAGCAAAGAAAUAGAUCAAAUUAAAAAUAACACUGUAGCUACUCAGCCAAAGCUUUUGAUCACAUUAUGUGCCAGUGUCUAAAAACGCAUUCCUUCUGCACUGGUCAUUUUUCAGACCUGAUCAGACUUUUUAGAUGAACUCAUUUUGUAUUUCUCAAACUAGAACUGAUGCAGUGUAAGCCUCUUCAAAGAUUUCAAAUUUGAUGAAUAUCAAAUGCUACAUAUUAAUUUUUUAAUGCAGAGCCUCAUGAGUUGGCAGCCUCUGAUCUUUUUGGCCAGUACGUCUUGAAGAUCUGGUACAGGCCUAAGACUGUGUAAAAAUCAAUGUGUUUGGACAAAUGUAUAUAAUCUAGAAAUAUUUUCCUAAAUAUAGUUCUCUAAAUCCAUUAAAAUCACAACAUACUUGUUAAUUUGUGCCACUUUUCAGUCAUUUGAUACCUAUAAGCUUUGUAUAUAGAAAUAUUAAUAAAGAUGACACUGCUUUUCUUCUACAGCAGUGUACACUGUGUUUAAUCAUGGUUUCAAGGUCUGAUGUUCAAACAAUGUCUGAUACAUAUACAGUUACUGUAAUAGACAUCUAGCUGUGAAAGGUUUUUGUGGCUGGUUUCAGACUUUACCACCAGUUAUGAUAAGUGGUCUUUGCAUCUGCACUCAUUCUAGCUGUAAUUGUAUCAAUGUUGGAGUUUCACAUUAAGCAAUAAAGUUUUUACCUUCAUA